CUUCAAACAAACAGAUACAAUUACAACAACAAACAUCUUUAAAACAUCCAAUUGAACACACUCCAAACCAACAAUAACAGAUCAGAUCUCUGUUAAUACAACAAUACCGCGCCGCAUCUCUAAACUCUAACAAGCCUCUCCCCGAAGGCAGCCAGGGAUGACGACUUCUCUUGAGGCCACCGCCAUCAGCAAAACGUAAACAAACCGCCGUCUGAUCCCGUCUCCGGGGCGCAAUUCCGGCUAUGUUCGCGAUAUAGUCCUACUUCUGUUCUACUGUUCUUCCUCCGCGUCUGUCCGGGGUCCGAUCUGCCUUGUUUUGCCUGCCGUGCUGCAUCUGAUCCUGCAAGGCGCAAAGAGCCGAGCAAAGCCUCCCUGCGAUUCGAUAGAUCGCUAUAUUGCCAUAUAAGAGCAAACACAACAUGGCCGCAGACGACAGCGCUGACUAUCCGCCUUCGUCGCCGGCCGAUAGCAUCCAGGCGCUCGACGAAAGCCAAAACAAGCGCGAUGGCCGCUCCACCCAUCUGCGCAGCUCCAGCAGCCUUUCCCACAGACCGCGUUUAGGAGAGGUAACAACCCUCUCAUCCUCCCCGCUCCGUCGAACGCGCAGCCAGUUUCUCCGCGACCCCACCACAACCACCUCCACCCCCACCACAGCAACAUCGUCCUCCCCGUCCUCGAUCCUCCCCGUAUCGCGUCAGAUGCCAAGCUUAAUGGGUCUCAGACGCAGCGUUUCUCAGUCCUUCAGAUCAAGAGUCCGCAGCAGCGAACCAGAAGUCGAAGAAGAAUCGCCCGAGUAUGGCGACGAUGGAGAAGACAGACUCAAUCUCCGGCACCACCAAAAACAUCUACAGCAACAACUCUACCAGAGCCAGCUCGCGAAGCAGAGAGACAGAGCCGCCGCGCACCAGCACCAGCGAGAUCGGUCGCGGAGCAUAACAGGCGACGAGCUAUCAGAGGAAGCAGAGAACGACGAGGACUCGACCGUCAUCAUCGAAUCCAACGUCCUAUCGCGGCCCGGCCGCCGCAUGUUCUCCGCCGAAACAGUCACCCCAGAGUCUUCCGCCGCAGACUCGAGCAACAUGUGGGCCGCGAUCGAUGACUUGCGUGCCCGCGUGCGCAAGCUCGAGACGUCGGCAGAUCAAAACCCAGAGAAGCGGUUCUACAUGCAGCGCGCACACGACUCCGCCAGCUCCCUCUCCGGCACAAACAACGGCUACCUACGAGCGAUGCUGCAGCAGGCCGGCGGCGCGAUACCAGAAGACCUCUGCUCCGCGCUCGACGUGACCGCCAGCGCAGUCGAGGCUCUGUCUGCGCGCGUCGCAACCUCAGACCGCAACAUCAAAGCAAAGAUGGACGCGCUCUACCGCUCGCUCACCGAGCUCUUCAUCGUCGUCUCCGACACUUCCUCAACCCCUCCUUCCUCCGCCGCGCAGCCUGCCGCGCCAAACUCAGACCUCCGCAGCGGAUCCAGCGUCUCCAACCGAUCCGACAGCUCAGAAGUGCGCAGUCUUGCCGCGCGUCUGCCGCAGCGCGCGGCCACACGAAUGCGACACUCGAUCGAGACAAGCCAGCUGCCGCCGGACCUGCGCCCGGCCUCGCGUAUGGCCAGCCGGGCGUCUUCCUACGACUACGCCGGUGACGACGAGGACAUCUCCGUGCUGAGCAGCAGCAGCAGCGCAAGCGGCGUCACGGGUUCCAACCGGCACCUCUCGCUGCUAAAUAACGGCACGCGGCAGCACGCUCGCAAGAUGCACAGAAGCAGCUCGCGGCAGCAGCUUACAAUGUCGGACGAACUCGACUACGGCAUGCAGCAGCAGCAGCAGCAGCAGCGGCCACAUUCGAUCUUUAGCAUGCGCUCGACGCCGUCCUCGACCGGUGGUCUCUCGUCACCUGCUUCGUCGCGCGCACGCGUCACUUAGAAUACUGUUGAGAGACAAUUGUAUGAUAGUAAUAUA